GGGGCUCCAUACUAGAGCUGUUCACCACAUUGAACAGCCCUGUAGGUUUAGGGGGUUUCUGGGGUAAUUCAGAAAGUAGUCUUUAACAGGUGUGCCCACGACCAUUGUGGUAAAGUAAAAUAUUUCAUGCUGAGCAGCUCAAAAAAACAUGCAGUCCGGGCUCGACAUAAAAGGAGGCUUUUUUAUUUGUCGGAUUUGCUUCAGUGAAGUCUCAUCCUUUCUUCAUCGUUCUCCUUCAUUCCUCCUCCAUGAUGACCGUUGACUGCAGCUCCAACGCCUCUUCCUCCCUCUUCUGUAACUCCUCCAUCAAUAAUUGCUCCACGCCAGGAAUGCCACUGACCUCAAGCCUCAAUCCCUGGUACAUUGUUGCUGGUGUGAUUAUUGCAGUCAGUUGCCUGUUUGGCAUUCCUGCUAACAUCUGCGUGAUCGUAAAACUCAGUAGGCAUCUGCACGGGUCCUCCAUGCCGCAGCGCCUUUUCUUCAACCUGGCAGUGUCAGACCUCCUCUGCCUGCUCUGCUUGCCUGUUGGUGUGGUUAUUUUCUUCAAUGGACCACAUUUGACACAUGAAGUCUGUCAAAUUCUGUUUUAUUUCUUCUUUUUCUGCAUCACCUCCGACUUGAACAUUCUGGUGCUUAUAAGUAUUCAGAGGUACUACCAGGUUCUUCAUACCAAAAAGUGGGAGAGCCUGGCCAGAACAUGGCAGCGGUUAUUUCUGUCCAGUGUGUGGAUGCUUGGAGCCCUUGAGGCUCUUCCAGUUGUUUUUUCACUAAAAGAGGUGAACACCAAAAGUGAGCGGACUGAAGGUCCUACCUGCAGGAAUCAGAGGAUCAAACCGGUGCUAGAAGUGGUCUACAUCUUAUUUAUAGUUUUCAGCCAUCUAGUCUUGUUGUCUUUCUACCUGCUACUUGUUAGAGGGGUCAAACGAAAUCAAAUGCCUGGAAAGAAACAGCCUAGAGUUAAUAAACUUUUCAUUCGAAUAAUCGCUGCCUCCCUGGUUGUUGGCUUUUUCCCUCUGAUUCUUCGUGUGGUGUAUGUGGCUGCCCUUUUCACAGAUUCCGAGAAACUGCUUAUUGUUAGUCAAAAGCUGACGUUUGUGGAAUGUUUUUACUUUUUUAAUCACUGUCUAAAUCCAUUCCUGUAUUUCUUUGCCUCUCGGCAUCACACAGGAGAAAGCAACAGUAAGAGAAAAUUUCACCUCAUGUCUUUAAAUGACACCAUCUAAUAUGAUCCCUGCAUUACGCAUGCUUUCAUAUGUUAAACUUCUUCAAAUUAGUGUGCUUUGAUAAACAUAAAAACAAUAUGCUACACUUGGACUCAACAAUGGUUUUGGAAAUACUGAUCAGUUUUGUGUCUCUAGGACAUUUUUGUGUAAUUUUCUGUCAUUUGUUGCUGCUGCCUCUAUAUAUUAUAUUAUUUUAUUUGUAGGCUUAUGUGUUUUAGUUGUUACAGCAUAAUUUAUUGUAUGACCUCCAUUUACAAUAUGUACUGUUUAUUUUAAAUUAACUGACUAAUGAUAUUUUCUAUAUUUUAUCAUAUAUUUUGG